GAGCUUCUCUCACACACUUUUGCCCCCUUUUUAUAAAGCGCGCCAAAACCUCUGUUCUAUCACACACCAAACCUGAAUUAAACUACCAAAGACUCUUCUUCCUUCACUUCUCAUAAUAUUCUUCCCUUGUUUGUCUUCUUAGGCCGCAAAGAUGUUGGACAUAGCGUAUGAAUUGGUGGGACAAGCCACGUCGAAUUCUCUUCUUAUGUUCUGUUUCUGAAACCUCAUCAUAGUCAUGAUCAUCACUGGAUCAUCAAAACCCGGUUCGACCGAUUCUCAAGAUUACACAUUGACUACCUCUGUGAGCUUCAAUAUGUGCAGCAGCCUUGCUUCUCAAGAUCAUGAUUGUUGUGGUGGUGAUGAUGAUGAUGAUCAUGAAGAGAUGGUUGUCAUUGAUGUCUCAUCUGCACAAGACGAGCCUCUGACCGAUGCUUCCAGCAUUUCUGAAGAAUACGAGGAAAAAGAAAGCAGCUUUUGUUGUGAUGAUAAUGAUGAUGAAGAGAGCAAUGAGGCUGAUGUUGAAGAGGAGGAAGAAGACGAUGAUGAGUUAAGAAAGAGAGCAGAAGAGUUUAUAGCAAAAGUUAACAAUGAAUGGAAGCAUGAGAAGCUUAGGGCUCUGAUCUCAGUUUAUUGAUUUUGAUGAAAGACACACACUCACACAAAUGAAUCAAAUUUAAGCAUGAGUUUGCAACGAGGUUGGGGAAUGUGU